UUCUUCCCACCUUUAAACCCUCCUUUGGGCAUCCCCCGAAACUUUCAGCUUCCAAAGGAGGGAAAAAGGAAAUGGAGGAAAGUAUCUCUGAGGAGUUCAAAUCCUUCUUGGAUUCUGGUAUCUACCGCCUGGAUGGAUCGAAGGUGGUCUUCGUAGAUCCCGUUCGCCUCCUCAACGAUUCCUACUCCCGCUUUGGGGUUUCUCCCUCCGCCUACUACUCCCGUUCCUUCCAAUCUACGGAUCGAGAAAGAGUAGAAGAAGAAGAUAAUGCCCCCUCGAUUUCGAAGAAGAAGAGGAAGCGAAAGAAGAGGCCUCGCGAUCUAAACGAGAGAGAAAAGUCCGCGGAGAAACGCCAUCAAGAAGCGAAAUCUUUGUUACUCAAAGCACACAGAGCUUUUCUUGAAGUUGCCGGGCUUCAAGCGUUUCUUUCGAAAUUAGUCAAGUGCGAGGAAUUUACACAUGAUGGUGAAACUGAAGAAAAGAAUUUUAUUGAGCUUGGAAGCCAUUGGCAAGCGCCACUCUAUGAGAUUGCUCUUUGUUUUCCCAAGUCACAUGAAGGAGAAGAUUCAUGGCUUGGCAACCAUGUUGGGAGGACAGUGGUUCCAUUAUUUAAUAACUUAAUUAGCAAUGAAACAAAUGAUGAGGUGGAGGCUGAAUUCAACAACAGCCAGUACAUAUUACCUGGAAGAAGCUGCUUCUACAUGUCCGACUUGAGACAAAUUCGCAACCUCAUCCCGGCUAAGUCUGAUCAGGGCUUUAACCUCAUUGUCAUUGAUCCGCCAUGGGAAAACGGAAGUGUUCGCCAGAAAGCAGUGUUUCCUACAUUACCCAACCGAUACUUUCUGUACCUUCCUGUUAAAGAACUUGCUCAUGCUGAAGGUGCCCUUGUGGCUUUAUGGAUGACUAACCGAGAGAAGCUGCGUAUGUUUGUUGAGAAAGAUCUGUUUCCUGCUUGGGGAGUAAGCAAUGUCACAAUCUGUUACUGGCUGAAGGUGAAACCAGAUGGGUCCUUGAUUGGUGAAUUGGACUUAUUUCAUCAUAGACCAUAUGAAUACCUUCUACUCGGCUACAUUAAUAUGGAGAAUAUUAAUUCAGAGUGCACACCAGCAGUUAAUUUGGAAGAUGCUCAUGUUAUUAUCAGCAUUCCAGGUGUCCACUCAAGGAAGCCCCCUUUAGGAAAACUACUAUGGGAUCAUAUACCAGGCACCAAACCUGUGAAAUGUAUUGAGCUUUUUGCUAGAGAAUUGGUGGCUGGUUGGUCAUGUUGGGGCAACGAACCGCUUCACUUUCAAGACUCGAGAUACUUUAUGGAAAGACAAGAAAGAUGAUCUGAGGUGAUGGAAUUUAUUGCCCUUUUUCAUUUGGACAACUGAUCUAAGAUAUAGGAAAGAACUAUUUUUCAUUCUUUACAUGAUUUGGAGGCUUCCCCAAAUCACCCAGUAAAGUUCCUUUUCCUUGCAAGUUGCAAUACUGAUUCUGCUGGAAUUUGAUUGCAUACUUGGAUUUCCUAUGAUGCAAUAAGAUGUGGUUUUUGUUCUGCAGAUGAGGAUCUGAAGAAUGUAGUCUGUUGCUGUAUGAGAACAUGAAAACUUUCUGGAGAUGAACUGUCAUGAUAAUCAAUGGCUUUUUCCAUCAAAAUACAACUCUUAAGAAGACUACAUGGAAGAAGAAGAUAGUCAUAACCAGCUUCUGUCAAUUCUUUCCUGGAGCCCUGCCUGAAUGAGCAACUCCAGGCAAGAGGGGAUGCAAUGAAACCUAAAUGGCUGGUUGGUGGAACAGAGAAAAUGAUGAGGUCUAAUGCAUGAUAGAUUAAUGUUCUUCAACAUAAUGAUCCCGUAUACAGGAAAGGAAAUUCUAAAAUAGAAGGGGGAAUUUCCUGUUUGGAGGUUUGAUUUAAAAAUGUAGACAUGUUUUGCCUUGUGCAAGCAGGAGCAAUAAAUCUGUUGUGUUUGGAACUCGAAUUUGUUGCAGUUGGAGACCUGUUAGUGUGGUGGUUCUUUAGCUUGAAGUUUGGGGUUGUUUGGGUUAAAAGAGAGGAGAAAAAUCGAAAUUUUGGGGGAUUCUUGGAUGUUGGAAUAUGCAUUUUAAAUCUGAUUAGUAUCAUAUCUCAUGUUUUUCUGUGGCUCAACUAUUAUAUAUGAUGUUAAUAUUAACCUGCA